ACGACUGUCGAGUGCAGCGCUAACCACUCUGUUAUUAUUCCGCCCGAAGAAUUGCCAAAAAUAUGCAAAAGUAUGAGAAACUCGAGAAAAUAGGAGAAGGUACCUAUGGAACUGUUUUCAAAGCCAAGAAUCGCGAAACUCACGAAAUCGUUGCUUUAAAAAGAGUUCGUUUGGACGAAGACGACGAAGGUGUACCGUCGUCUGCACUCAGAGAGAUUUGUCUGUUGAAAGAAUUGAAACAUAAAAAUGUAGUGAGAUUGUAUGAUGUGUUACAUAGUGAUAAAAAAUUGACUUUGGUUUUUGAACAUUGCGAUCAAGAUCUGAAGAAGUAUUUUGAUAGCCUAAACGGAGAAAUUGAUUUAGAUGUUGUCAAAUCCUUUCUGUACCAGUUAUUACGUGGGUUGGCAUUUUGUCAUAGCAGACACGUGUUACACAGAGAUCUCAAACCACAAAACUUGCUCAUCAACAAGAAUGGUGAGUUGAAGUUAGCCGAUUUUGGACUCGCCAGAGCUUAUGGUAUCCCUGUAAAAUGUUAUUCCGCAGAAGUUGUAACGUUGUGGUACCGUCCACCGGAUGUUCUUUUCGGAGCAAAAUUAUACACGACGUCUAUCGAUAUGUGGAGUGCCGGCUGUAUAUUUGCUGAAUUAGCAAACGCUGGUGCACCAUUGUUCCCCGGUUCAGACGUGGAUGAUCAAUUGAAAAGAAUAUUCAAAAUGUUGGGUACACCGACCGAGGAGACGUGGCCAGAUUUUACAACUCUUCCAGACUACAAGUUUUUUCCACUUUAUCAUCCUCUUCAAGGAUUGGCUCAAGUUACACCAAAACUUAAUUCCAGAGGCAGAGACUUAUUGCAGAGGUUGUUGGUAUGCAAUCCAGCGUUACGACUGUCAGCAGAGGAAGCAAUGUCGCAUCCCUACUUCAACGAUUUAAACCCUGCCAUUAAAAACGAUCGUUGUCAGUAGUGAAUGUUACUUAGAUUGUUUAGAUCUACAACGUAUGUCACGAAUAGUGCUACGACCAAAAUCACGCCAGCAAAGAUCGUUAUAUACAUAUAUAUAAAUAUAU